AUGGAAUCAAAGAACGUCACCACCACUGUGAGAGAAUUUGUCCUGUUGGGCCUGACACAGAAUGACAAGCUGCAGUAUUUUCUCUAUGUGAUCUUCUUUCUCAUCUAUGUAACAACCUGGCUGCUGAACCUCACCAUCAUUGCCACUGUGGCCAUGGAUCAGCAGCUCCACACCCCCAUGUACUUUCUCCUGGCCAACCUCGCUGUCCUGGACAUCAGCGAUUCCUCAGUCAACACUCCCAAACUGCUGUCAGGCCUCCUCAGCCAGCACACCGUGAUCUCAUUCAAUGAGUGUUUCCUCCAGGUGUUCUUCUUCCAUUUCAUGGCAGGUGCGAUGUCGUUUUUGCUCGUGGGGAUGACGGUUGAUCGGUACGUGGCCAUCUGUGAGCCCCUGCGCUACCUGGCCAUCAUGAGCUGGAACACGUGCACAGCACUGGUGGCAGCUGCAUGGUGUGGUGGAUUUCUUCAUUCUAUUACACAAACUCUUUUCCUUCUGCAGCUGCCAUUCUGUGGCCCAAAUGUCCUGGACAAUUUCUAUUGUGACAUCCCUCAAAUCAUCAAACUGGCCUGCACUGACACUCGCAGGGCUGAACUACAGAUGGUGUUUAACAGUGGAGGGAUCCUCAUCACCCUUUUUGUGACCUUGAUUGUUUCUUACAUUGUCAUCUUGCUUAAGAUAAGGACACGCAUCACAGAAGGGAAGCGAAAAGCUCUGUCUACCUGUGGAACACAGAUAAUUGUUGUGAGCUUAAUAUUCAUCCCCUGCAUCUUCACCUAUGCCCAGCCUUCUAAGAAAUACCCUGGGGACAAGGUGGCCUCCAUUGUUUACACUGUGGUCACUCCAAUGCUAAACCCCAUGAUCUACACACUGAGAAACACUGACAUGAAAAAGGCCAUCAGGAGAACACUGAGGAAAAUAUUUCUGUCUGCAGGAAUUCAGAAACCAGACCAGACAGUAGAUGCAAAGACAUAAAAUCUGGUGUUUCCAUGACAGAACUGUGUUCAUCACAGAUAUUCCUGCUCCUUCAGUAAGUGAGCAGCUUUCUAGAUGUGAGAUGGGGACAACAUUCACCUCUCAUCAGCUUAGGAAGGUCAGUCACACGGAGUGUGCAGUAGGGUGGAAUGUCUAGGGCCUAAUAAAAGUUGUCUGUAAUAAAUCCCCUGCAAAGACAUGAC